GAUGGCGGCGCCCGUGUCUGCCCCGCUUCCGGCGGCGGCGGUGGGAGCCGCCAUGUCGGCGGCGGCGCGCGCGGGGCGGGCGGAUGUUGAUGCCGUGAGGGGAGCGAUGGCGGCGCGGCCGGACGAGCGGCAGCGGCGGGUGCAGGCGCUGAGCGCGGCCCUGCGCGGCCGCCUCGGGCCUUACGAGCCGCUGCUGGGCGCCGUGCAGGCCGCGCUGGUGUGGGAGCGGCCGGGCCGCAGCGCGCUGUGCUGGGCGGCGGCGCACGGCCUCUUCUGGUUUUUUGCUCUGACUUCUCUCCGCUUGCUGUUCCUGGUUUCACUUACCCUCAUAGUAAUACUUUGUGUAGAUCAGUGGAAGAUAAAAAUCUGGCCUGAAAUUGGAGUGGCGAGACCUGACGAAUUAGACAAUGAGAGCUGGGGAUACAUUCACCCUCGGCUGCUGGGAGUGCCAGAGCUCUGCCACCAUUUGGCUGAAGCAUGGGUGUCUGGGACCAACUUCUUCAGCAAUCUCUUCAUUUUCAAGAGACAAAACCCUGGCAAGUUUUGCCUUCUAGUGUGUGGAGUCUUUACUUUCCUGGCUGUCCUGGGCCGUUAUAUCCCUGGGCUAUUGCUCUCAUACUUGCUGUUGCUCUUCAUCCUGCUGUGGCCCCUUGCUGUGUACCACAGAGUGGGGCAGCGCAUGUACAUGAAGCUGGAGCCAGCUCUGCAGCGGCUGGAUUUCAGCGUUCGAGGCUACAUGACAUCAAAGCAGAGGGAGAAGCAACUGCGUGGCCGAUCCUUGGGUCAGGAGGCUGCGGAUGAUGGGAGUGACAGUGAAGAGGAGCUUGCUGCUUUCUGUCCCAAGCUGGAUGACUCUACGUUUGCCAAGGAACUGGCAAUCACUGACUCGGAGCAUUCAGAUGCUGAGGUUUCCUACACUGAAAAUGGGAUGUUUAACCUUUCGAGGGGCCAGACUCCCCUCACAGAGGGAUCUGAAGACCUGGAUGGCCACAGUGACCCAGAAGAAUCUUUUGCCAGGGAUCUCCCUGACUUCCCAUCCAUCAACCCGGAAGUAACUGGCAUAGAUGACGAAGAUGACACCAGCAUUGGCAUCCCCAGCCUGGCUCUGCGCUCGCAAGUGACGGAAGAUCUGCACCUCCCUUACAGGCAGGAGGAAUCUGGUGCACAGCCACCUGUACAGUGCUUCACUAACUACAUGGCUGGCACCAUCACCAGAGAGAUGAUCACCCAGCUCGUCCUGUCAGGAGCCUCACAGCCGGGCUCCUCGCGCACCUGCAACCUCCAGAGAGCUGCAAACACUUACCUCAGAACAGCCAGCUCAGACUUGGACACUGAUGCAGAAGGGGAUGACUUUGAAGUGCUGGCUCAGUCUGAGCUGAAUGAACUGGAUCCUGAUGGCUCCUGGGGCCAGUAAGCAGCAAUCCCAUCACUGCCCUCUGGUUUUGUUACGCAUCAUGGAGGGGAAUCCUGGAAGGAAAAGCCUUGCACCCUUACCUAGGUCGUCUCCUGUGUGAGUGAUGUGACAGCCAGCCCUGGCUGGGAACACCACUGUGACUCGUGACUCUGUAGCCUCGCUUGGAUUUGAAAAUAAGCCACCCUGGUAAUUCACAGGGAGCAGACGAUGUGAGCUCCACAAUCACCCAUGCACUGCCCUGCGCUGUCUGCCAGGAUGCUGCUUCCUCCAAACCUCCUCACCGAAGACAAUGAAGCUGGUGUCUGCGGCUCUAGAGGCCACAGCUCAGACUGACUCGGCAUCACCGAGGACAAUCUUUGAAGCCGACCUUCCAGGGUUGAUGCGUAACCAGGUGAAUGGUUUCCUCUCCUUUUAGUUUCUGCCGUUUGAUGCUCUUCCGUCUUUUAAGAUAAACUGUUUCCCCUCACCUGAGAUGUGCACAGGAUCCAAGUCUUCUCUCCCAGCAAUAUCCAGUACCGGGUAGAAGCAAACCCCUUGCUCCUCCUGUCGCGUGGACACAAUGGCCACCGUGUUUGUACUUGCCAUGCCCAACCCCUCUCGGGUUCCAGCCCUCUGCUGAUGCUGUUUUGUAAAAGACCUAAUGGCAAUAAGACAUCUACUGUGAUGACUACAGGGUCCUGCAAAGAACAUCUACAUCUGGCAGCUGCUCUUGGAUGGCUUUUUCUAAAACGACAGACUAACCCUCGGCUGAACCCGCCCCCCACCCCGUGUCCUCCCCCUCAGCGUGGGCGGUGGCAACGCUGUGCUUCUCCUCAGCUGAUGGGGAUGUGUUUUUCUGAGGAGGAAACAGGCGAAGCUGCUCUGUCCCAGCUGGUUGUGGUCUGGCCAGGGGCCAGCCUGCAGCUUCCCAGGCUCCCGCAGUUCAGAGCCUGGGAGCGAGCAGGGGGCUGCUGGCCCAAGCAACUGCUGACCCAAGAGUUUGUGCCCGUUGCAGCUGCGUGACCGAACCAGCAGCUGCGGGUGAUGUUUUGUGUUGGCUGUGUGACCCCAGCCCUCGGGCCCCUGGCCCAGCUGAGCUCCCCCAUUGCUUUUUCUAAGCCAUAGAACCCAAUUCCUCUCUCGUUUGUGCAGUAAAGGACGAACCUCUUCUUCA